UCCCCUUCCCCCACUCAGCCUCCACCUCCUCCACCUCUCCUUCUUUCCCCUUCCCCUCCCCCUCUGCCUCUCCUUCUUCCCCCUUCCCUCCCCUCCGCCUCCACCUCCUCCCCCUCUCGCCCUCCCUUUCUUCCCCAUUCCCUCCAUCGGGCCGGACCCGGACCCAGGUUUGGGGCCCAACGGGCCGACCCGAUGCCCACCCCCUACAUAAUCCUGCUCUCCAUUUCGUUGACCAUUGAGGUUCCCUCUGCUUCAUUUGGUGAGAGAGGUAGAGAAGGCCGACCACAAUGGCAGGAGAGGGAGCAGAGUGGUGGAGUGGGGAGACGGUGGCGGUGGUGACGGGAGCGAACAGAGGGAUCGGGCUGGAGAUAUGCUGGCAGCUCGCAGGCAAGGAGCUGACCGUCAUCAUGACUGCUCGUAAGCCCCAGGAACAACUCUCAUCCUCUGCUCAACAGUUCCUGCAAGAAGCAGCAGAAAUGGGGAGAAAGAAGGUCAUCUUCCACACUCUGGAUACCACUCAAGAGCAAAGUGUGUUGGAUUUCGUUGAUUGGUUGAAAUCACUUGAUUGGUUCGUCGAUAUUCUGGUAAAUAAUGCUGGUGUUGCCAACCCAGUGAUAGAUUGGGACUUCGUGAAAAGGAACAACAUCGACACAAGAACCAUCGUGGCACAUCCUACAUGGACGGAGGGGAUUUCGGAGAAGUAUGAAUCGGCAAAGCACAACAUAGAGACCAACUUUUAUGGAACGAAGAGAUUGACCAAGGCGCUGCUUCCUCUCUUACGUCCCACUUCUUACAAGCCCAGGAUUGUCAACGUCUCAUCCAGCUAUGGACUAUCAUGUCCCAGGAUUGUCAACGUCUCAUCCAACUAUGGACUAUCAUGUCAUCUAAGGGACGAGGAGUUGAGGCAGCAACUGUGUGACACGAUGGGCUUGACUGAGCAGAAGAUCGACGGUGUGUUGGCCAUGUUCCUUGACGACGUGAAGUCGGAGAAGGGCAUGGAGAAAUGGCCCCUUAAGUUUCCCUCUUAUUGCAUCUCCAAGAUUGCGUUGAACGCCUACACGAGGCUCUUGGCCCUUGAAUUGGGCGACAAAGCUUGUGUCAACAGCGUGCACCCUGGCUAUGUGACGACUGACAUGACCUUUGGCUCCGGCGACUUCUCUCCGGCGGAAGGGGCUGCGAACUUGGCGCACGUUGCUCUUCUGCCUGCCGGCGGCCCUUCCGGCCGCAACUUCCUGGAAAGGAAGGAUGCCGACUUUUGAGGAUAACUAAAAACUUAUGGCAUUCAAGAAGCAAAUGUGUUCCGUCGAUUGAUUUUUUUUGUCAUAGGUGACCUAAGGAUCAGUAGACUUCUAUCUACGGGCUGAGUCCUUCUCAUCCUUAGUUUCCAUCUUUCUUGUUUGGACAUUUGUUGAAUUACUGUCAUGCGAUUGUAGUUCCAUGAAUAACGUUUAAAUGUCCCAUGCAUGUGUUGGUUGGAUUUAAUUUAGUUGGAUACUGCUCGAGGUUAAGGCAUGUCUCAUG